AUGUCGACGACCACCAAGAAGACCGGCGGCAAGACCCAAAGAUCCGCCAUCGCUGAUGUUGUUGCGCGCGAGUACACCAUCCACUUGCACAAGAGAUUACAUGGUGUUUCUUUCAAGAAGCGUGCCCCAAAGGCCAUCAAGGAGAUUAAGGCAUUCGCUACUUUGUCAAUGGGUACCUCCGAUGUUCGUCUCGACCCCCAAUUGAACAAGAAGGUCUGGGAAGCUGGUAUCAAGGGUGUUCCUUUCAGACUCCGUGUACGAAUCUCGAGAAAGCGUAACGAUGAGGAGGGCGCCAAGGAGAAGUUGUACAGUUACGUUCAGGCCGUCAAUGUCCAAAACCCCAAGGGUCUCCACACUGUUGUUGUAGAGGAUGCAUAA